UCACACAUUGCAAAAAGCAUAACAGGAAAUAAAAAAAGCAUUGUGUCUCCUACUUCAUCACAAACUCCUUUUUUCCCUUUAUAUUCCUGUAAUAUUCCUUUGGAAUCUGAAUCUAAAGUUUAUUUUUCCAACUGUUUAUCCUUCCUAUUUCACACUAAUCUCCCACUAUAAAAACCCAUCUUCUUCCAACUUUUUUACCAUCCAAGAAUUGUUUUGGUUGCUCAGAAACAGAGUUUUUCUUUCUUCUUUGUUUGUUUGGGUCAUUUCUCUUCGCUGUUUUUUCAAAUUUUCUCAGCCAAAAAAAAUAAAAAAAUGGCUGGAAUUGUUGUGGUUUUUGAUUUCGACAAGACCAUUAUCGACUGUGAUAGUGAUAAUUGGGUCGUCGACGAAUUGGGUUUCACGGAUUUGUUCAACCAACUCCUUCCCACCAUGCCUUGGAACUCUCUUAUGGAUAGGAUGAUGAAGGAGAUUCAUUCGGAAGGAAAAACCAUUGAAGACAUUGUAGAGGUCCUGAAACGAAUUCCUAUUCAUCCUCAAGUUGUCCCUGCCAUUAAAGCUGCUCAUGCUUUAGGUUGUGAAUUGAGGAUUGUCAGCGAUGCAAAUCUCUUUUUCAUCGAAACAAUUUUGAACCAUCUUGGAUUGAGAGAUUACUUUUCUGAGAUUAACACAAACCCCAGUUAUGUUGAUGAAGAAGGAAAGCUAAGGAUUUUCCCUUUUCAUGAUUUCACCAAAUCCUCUCAUGGUUGCAGCCUCUGCCCUCCCAACAUGUGCAAGGGAGUGAUCAUGGAAAGAAUCCAAGCCACUGUGACAGAGGAGGGGAAGAAGAAGUUCAUCUAUCUCGGCGAUGGCGCCGGAGAUUACUGCCCGAGCUUGAAGCUAAAAGAAGGAGACUUUGUCAUGCCAAGGAAGAAUUUCCCAGUUUGGGAUCUAAUAUGCAAGAAUCCAUUGGUAAUCAAAGCUGAAAUCCAUGAAUGGAGUGAUGGAGAAGAGCUUGGACAGGUCCUACUAGGCCUCAUCAACAAAAUUUCUAUUGAAGAGAAUGCUACUUUCAUUUCAACUGAUUGCAAGCUGCAGACCAUAUCUGUUCAUGAAACUUUGCCUCAAGCCCUUCCUGUUCAGCAAUAGUAAAUACAUAACAUAUAAACCAAAAAUGCUCUCAGUCUUGGAAAAUUCACAAGACUCCUAUCUUUUUUUUUUUUUUUUUGGGGGGUGGGGGUGGUUUGUAAAUUAGAAGAAAAGCUUUGCAAAGUUUGGAAUGUUGAUAUUGAAUCCAAGAAUGGAUCAGUAUUUUCAAAGAAAAAAAAAUAAAAAACAAAAAAAGGAGUUUGCUGCUUCGGCUUUUAA